ACCGUGUUAACCUGAAUGCUCGUUGUGUCGUCCACAGCUGAGCUGGUCGUGGACAAAGCGAUGGAGUUGAAGUACGUCGGUGGAGUUUACGGGGGGAACAUCAAGCCGACUCCGUUCCUCUGCCUCACUCUGAAGAUGCUGCAGAUCCAGCCUGAAAAAGACAUCAUCGUGGAGUUCAUCAAGAACGAAGACUUCAAAUACGUCCGUUUACUCGGAGCGAUGUACAUGAGGCUGACGGGCACCGCGGUGGACUGCUACAAAUAUCUGGAGCCGCUUUACAACGACUACAGAAAGAUCAAAACUCAGAACAGAAACGGAGAGUUUGAGUUGAUGCACGUGGACGAGUUCAUCGACGAGCUUCUUCACGCAGAGAGGAUGUGUGACAUCAUUCUGCCCCGCCUCCAGAAGCGGCACGUCCUCGAGGAGGCCGAGAUGUUGGACCCACGUAUCAGCGCUCUGGAGGAAGACCUGGAUGAGGUGGAGAGCAGCGAAGAAGAAGACGAGGAAGAAGAGAAGCCGGAGCGACUCCAGACGCCUGAACCCCACAGACGCAGUUACCGUGACAACGACAGACCUCGCCGAUCUCCGUCACCUCGUUACAGACGCAGCCGCUCACCCAGACGGAGGAGCCGAUCUCCAAAGAGGCGAAGCCCGUCGCCGCGGAGAGAGCGCCAUCGCAGCAAGAGCCCCCGACGACAUCGCAGCCGGUCCAGAGAAAGACGGCACCGCUCCAAAUCUCCAGGUCACCACAGAAGCCACCGACACCGCAGCCACUCCAAGUCUCCGGAGAGGAGUUCAAAAAAGAGCCACAAGAAGAGUCGAAGAGGAAACGAGUGAUUUCACUUUUCUACCUUUGUUUUUUUUUUUUUUUUACCUUUUUGAAUUUUUUUUUUUUAAGUAAUUUUCCAGUUUUAGACGUUGGAAUAUGUACAGCAGCCGAUCGGCCUCAUCAGUCUGUGGUUCAAACCCUCUGAGAGAAUAAAAACUGUUUUCAGAUAAUUAUGGACAUUUUUUGACCCCUGUUGGAUUCGUGAAAAUGUAGAAAAUGUGUUUCUGUGUAACAUUUGUCUGGAAAUAAAGAGCCUCGUUUAUUA